CCAAAGGAGCUUGCAAACAGGGAAAUUCAAACUGAAUGUCUCUGUGCUGUGGUUACUUAUAUAGCCAAGACCACAUUUCUCUUAGAAAAAGUGUUUGCUCUGUUCCUUCUUUUCCCUACUCUCUCUUUUUCUUCCCUAUAAGCACAAAGGCUUUAAAAACUAAGAUCUAUAGUUCCUUUCGCCUUUUUUUUUUUUUUUUUUGCGUUACCGUGACAGCAUGUAUCUCUGUUGCUGAAGAAUGAAGCAGGCAGGCUGGAGGUUUUUUAUGUUCAGUGCUUUUGGGACCACUAAAAAGAAGUCUGCAGAGAAAUACGUACAGCAGCUGUGCCAACUGAGUUUCUCAUGACUGUUAUCUGUCACUUAUUCUGACUAAAAGGGUGAAAGAAUGAUGUGAUGGACGUGAAUAUGGGCCGCUGGUCAGGCUCACGGCUACCUCCGUCAUGCCUUGCCCUUCUGGUUAUCAAGUUCCUGGCCUUGGUUUGCCAGGUGGCUCACGGGACUGCCCCGCUUGGCUUUCACUUCACACAUUCCACUUACAAUGCCACAGUGUAUGAGAAUUCUGCAGCCAGGACCUAUGUCAACAGUCAGACGAGGAUGGGCAUUACCAUGGCUGACCUUUCCUGGGAUAUCAAGUACAAAAUAGUGUCUGGUGAUGAUGAGGGUUUUUUUAAAGCAGAGGAAGUCAUCAUUGCUGACUUCUGCUUCCUCAGAAUAAGGACUAAAGGUGGGAAUUCUGCGAUACUGAACAGAGAAAUACAGGACAACUAUUUAUUGAUGGUAAAAGGGUCUGUCAGAGGAGAGGACUUGGAAACAUGGACAAAAGUGAACAUUCAGGUUUUGGAUAUGAAUGACCUAAGACCUUUGUUUUCACCAACCACAUACUCUGUCACAAUAGCAGAAAGCACUCCCUUAAGGACUAGCAUUGCACAGGUGACCGCAACAGAUGCGGAUAUUGGGUCCAAUGGUGAAUUUUAUUAUUACUUUAAAGGUAAAGUUGAUCUCUUCUCAGUUCAUCCUACGAGUGGUGUUAUCUCCUUAAGUGGCCGGUUAAAUUAUGAUGAGAAAAACAGGUACGACCUUGAGAUUCUGGCAGUGGACCGUGGGAUGAAGCUCUAUGGAAACAAUGGUGUAAGCAGCACUGCCAAGCUUUAUGUUCACAUUGAACGUAUAAAUGAACAUGCCCCAACAAUAAGUGUAGUAACCCACAUUCCCUUCCCAUCAGAUAAGGAACCUACCUAUGCAGUUGUUAAUGUUGAUGACCUAGAUGAAGGAGCCAAUGGAGAAAUAGAAUCUGUUUCUAUUGUUGCUGGAGAUCCUCUAGAACAAUUCUUUCUGACUAAAGAAGGGAAAUGGAUGAAUGAGUACAAAAUCAAGGAAAGAAAGCCUAUUGAUUGGGACAGCUUCCCUUAUGGUUACAACCUCACUCUCCAAGCUAAGGACAAAGGAUCUCCUCAGAAAUUUUCUGCGGUCAAACUGGUCCACAUCGCUAGUCCCAAGAAAGAAAGUAUUCCCCUGAAGUUUGAAAAGGAAGCAUAUGAUAUUUUCAUCAGUGAAUUUUCACCUCCUGGUGUGGUGGUUGCAGUAGUUAAGCUGAUGCCUGAGCCACAGGGUGUGGAAUACAGAAUAUCUCCAAGUGAGGAAGCUGAGUAUUUUAAAAUCAAUCCCAACACAGGCCUUAUUACUACUGCUCGUCCUUUGAAAAUCAUUGAGAAGGACCUCUAUGAAUUAGAAGUAUAUGCAAACAAAGGUGGCGAUUUAAAAGCACGGGUUACUGUCAGGUUAGAGGAUGCCAACGAUCACACUCCGGAGUUCCAGCAGCUCUCCUACAGCUCAUUUGUCAAUGAAAGUGUCCCAGUGGGGUCCAGCGUUUUGGCAGUGUCAGCAGUUGAUGAAGACAGGGGAGAGAAUGGAUACAUCACAUACAGCAUUGCCAGUCUGAACUCGCUACCAUUUACAAUAAACCAGUUUACAGGUGUCAUCAGCACAUCUGAAGAACUGGAUUUUGAGUCCUCACCAGAAAGUUACAGGUUCAUUGUGAGAGCAUCUGACUGGGGUUCUCCCUACCGCCACGAAAGUGAGGUGAAUGUCACCAUAUACAUAGGCAAUGUCAACGACAACAAGCCCCUCUUUGAAAAAGUGGCCUGUCAGGGAGUGAUUUCAUCUGAUUUUCCUGUUGGUGGUCACAUCACUGCUGUUUCUGCAAUAGACAUAGAUGAGUUAGAGCUUGUGAAGUACAAAAUAAUCUCUGGAAAUGAACUUGGCCUUUUUUAUUUAAGUCCAGACUCUGGUGUCCUGCAACUUAAAAAAUCUCUUGUUAACUCCGGCAUAAAGAAUAGCAAUUUUGGCCUUAAGAUAACAGCAACUGAUGGAGAGAACUUUGCUGAUGCUAUGUUUGUUAAUAUUUCAGUAGUUCAUGGGAAAGUGUCUUCAAAGACCUUUAGCUGUAGAGAAACUAGAGUUGCUCAGAAGCUAGCAGAAAAAUUGCUCAAAAAGGCAAAAGCAAAUGUGAAGCUGAAUUUGGAAGAUGGUUUUCUUGAUUUUUAUUCGGUCAACAGGCAGGCACCUCAUUUUGACAAAUCCUUUCCUACUGAUGUGAAGGUUUCAGAAGAUCUGCCAGUUGGUGCCACCAUCCUCAGGAUAAAAGCCUAUGAUGCUGACUCAGGCUUUAAUGGAAGAGUACUUUAUACAAUUUCAGAUGGUAAUGUAGAUAGUUGUUUCAACAUUGACAUGGAGAUGGGAAUACUUAGUGUUCUCAUGCCCUUGGACCGUGAAAAAACUGAGCUCUAUCUCCUUAAUAUUACAAUUUAUGACUUGGGUAAUCCACAGAAAUCUGCGUGGAGACUGCUGACUGUCACUGUGGAGGAUGCAAAUGAUAACAAGCCUGUUUUUCUACAGGACAGUUACUCGGUUAAUAUUUUAGAAAGUACAAGUCUUGGUACAGAGAUUAUCCAGGUAGAAGCCAGAGAUAAAGACCUAGGAUCUAAUGGUGAAGUGGCUUACUCAGUCCUGACAGACACUCAUCAAUUUGCUAUCAACAGUUCCACAGGAGUGGUGUAUGUUGCAGAUCAGCUAGACCGGGAAGCAAAAGCAAACUACACACUGAAGAUUGAGGCUCGGGACAGAGCAGAGAGCGGCCAUCAGCAGUUUUCCGUUGUGCCUCUGAAGGUUUUUUUGGAUGAUGUUAACGAUUGCUCUCCAGCCUUUAUCCCAUCCAGCUACAAUGUGAAGGUCCUUGAGGACCUGCCAGUUGGCACUGUCAUAGCUUGGUUGGAAACUCACGAUCCGGACCUGGGCUUGGGAGGCCAAGUCCGCUACUCGCUGGUGAACGAUUACAACGGGCGGUUUGAGAUCGACAAAGCCAGCGGCGCCAUCCGCCUGAGCAAGGAGCUCGACUACGAGAAGCAGCAGUUCUACAACCUGACCGUGCGUGCCAAGGACAAGGGGCGCCCAGUUUCUCUCUCUUCUCUUUCUUUCGUGGAAGUUGAAGUGGUGGAUGUUAACGAAAACCUUUAUACCCCUUAUUUUCCUGACUUUGCUGUCAUUGGAUCUGUAAAGGAAAACUCCCGCAUUGGUACAAGUGUUUUGCAAGUUGUUGCUCGAGAUGAGGACUCUGGAAGAGAUGGGGAGAUCCAGUAUUCCAUCAGGGAUGGUAGUGGCCUGGGGAGAUUCAGCAUUGAUGAAGAAACUGGAGUUAUCUACACAGCAGAUGUUCUUGACCGGGAGACGACCAAAUCCUACUGGUUGACGGUGUAUGCCACUGAUCAUGGGGUUGUCCCCCUCUACACUACCAUUGAAGUCUACAUUGAAGUGGAGGACGUGAAUGACAAUGCCCCUCUCACCUCUGAGCCUAUCUAUUACCCAGUUGUCAUGGAAAACUCCCCAAAGGAUGUAUCUGUCAUUCAGAUCCAAGCCCAGGACCCUGACUCCAGCACUAAUGAAAAACUGACUUACCGGAUUACAAGUGGAAAUCCCCAGAACUUCUUUGUAAUCAAUCCCAAAACAGGUUUGAUUACCACAACAUCAAGAAAACUGGAUCGGGAACAGCAAGCAGAACAUUUUUUAGAGGUAACCGUCUCAGAUGGGGGCACAUCCCCCAAGCAAUCCUCCGUUUGGGUGGUGGUGCAGGUUCUGGAUGAGAAUGACAACAAACCGCAGUUUCCAGAGAAAGUCUAUCAGAUCAAGCUGCCGGAGAGGGACCGUAAGAAAAGAGGGGAGCCCAUCUACAGAGCUUUUGCUUUUGACAAAGACGAAGGCCCUAAUGCAGAGAUCUCGUACAGCAUUGUGGAUGGGAAUGAUGAUGGGAAGUUUUUCAUUGAUCCCAAAACAGGGAUGGUUUCUUCCAGAAAGCAGUUCACAGCAGGGAGUUAUGACAUCUUAACGAUAAAAGCAGUGGACAAUGGCCGGCCCCAAAAAUCUUCCACUGCCCGUCUCCAUAUUGAGUGGAUAAAAAAGCCUGCGCCCUCGCCCGUGCCCCUGACUUUCGACGAGCCCUUUUACAACUUCACCGUCAUGGAGAGCGAUAAAGUGACCGAGAUUGUCGGGGUGGUCUCUGUGCAGCCCUCUAACAUCCCCCUCUGGUUCGAUAUCGUCGGUGGCAAGCAUGCUCGAGAGAUGUUCUAUAUUCUACAGACAGCUUGUGGGCAGAACUGUUCAACAGAAGGAGGGAAUUACGAUAGUUCUUUCGACGCAUAUAAGGGAGUGGGCACGAUUGUCAUUGCAAAGCCCUUGGAUGCAGAGCAGAGGUCAAUGUAUAAUAUGACUGUGGAGGUCACCGAUGGAACAAACAUUGCCACAACUCAGGUUCUUAUCAAAGUGUUGGAUAACAAUGAUAAUUGCCCAGAAUUCUCUCAGCCAAGUUACGAUGUCACCAUCUCAGAGGACAUCCUCCCUGAUACUGAAAUUCUGCAAAUUGAAGCUAUAGACAGAGACGAAAAGCAUAAGCUGAGCUACACUAUUCACAGCAGCAUCGAUACAGUCAGCAUGAGGAAGUUCAGAAUUGAUCCCAACACCGGGGUUCUCUACACAGCUGAGAGAUUAGACCACGAAGCUCAAGAUAAGCACAUCCUUAAUGUCAUGGUCCGAGAUCAAGAAUUCCCUUACAGAAGAAACCUGGCCAGAGUCAUCAUAAAUGUAGAAGACUCCAAUGACCACAGUCCCUACUUCACCAGCCCAUUGUAUGAAGCCUCAGUGUUUGAAUCAGCAGCAGUUGGAUCAGCAGUGUUGCAGGUCACAGCACUGGACAAAGACAAAGGAGAAAAUGCAGAGCUUAUCUAUACUAUUGAAGCAGGAAAUACAGGAAACACAUUCAAGAUUGAACCAGUUUUAGGCAUCAUUACGUUACUCAAGGAGCCAGACUUAACCACAAUGGGACAGUUUGUUUUGUCAGUCAAAGUGACUGAUCAAGGUUCUCCAGCGCUGUCUGCAACAGCAAUUGUGCGGAUAUCUGUGACGAUGGCAGAUAACUCCCACCCUAAGUUCACUCUAAAAGAAUACCAAGCAGAGGUCAAUGAAAAUGUGGAUAUUGGUACUUCUGUCAUUUCUCUCUCUGCAAUCAGUCAGUCCACAUUAGUUUAUGAGGUUAAAGAUGGCAAUGUUGAUGGAGUCUUCACCAUAAACCCGUAUUCUGGUGUGAUCACCAGUCAAAAGGCCCUUGAUUAUGAACGUUCUUCCUCCUAUCAGCUCAUCGUACAGGCAACAAAUAUGGCAGGCAUGGCAUCAAAUGCCACUGUAAACAUUCAAAUUGUUGAUGAAAAUGACAACCCACCAGUUUUUCUCUUCUCUCAGUACUCGGGCAGCAUAAGCGAAGCUGCUCCUGUGAACAGCGUGGUCAGGAGUGCAAACAACAGUCCCCUCGUGAUACGUGCCACCGAUGCUGACAGCAACCAGAACGCUUUGCUUGUCUACCAGAUUGUGGAAUCAACUGCAAAAAAGUAUUUCACUGUAGAUUCCAGCACAGGUGCAAUCAGAACAAUUGCAAAUUUAGAUCAUGAAAUGAUAGCCCACUUCCACUUCCAUGUUCAUGUUAGAGACAGUGGGAAUCCCCAGCUUACAGCGGAGAGCCCAGUUGAAGUGACUAUUGAGGUAACUGAUGUCAAUGACAACCCACCAGUCUUCAGCCAGGCCGUGUUUGAGACAGUCUUGCUCCUGCCGACAUAUAUUGGUGUUGAGGUUCUCAAAGUCAAAGCUUCAGACCCAGAUUCAGAGAUCCCUCCAGAACUAACAUUUAGUAUAAUUGAAGGCAAUAUGGAGCAUUUUUUAAUUGACUCAAGCACAGGGGUACUCACCAUUAAAAACAAUAGUCUCUCUAAAGACCACUAUAUGCUAAUAGUAAGAGUAUCUGAUGGGAAAUUUUAUAACACUGCUAUGGUGACAAUAAUGGUAAAAGAAGCUAUGGAUAGUGGACUCCAUUUCACACAAAAUUUUUAUUCCACUUCUAUAUCAGAAAACAGCACCAAUAUCACAAAGAUCGCUGUGGUGAAUGCUGUUGGCAACCGCCUCAAUGAGCCUUUGAAAUACAGCAUAUUAAACCCAGGAAACAAAUUUAAAAUCAAAUCCACCUCAGGAGUCAUUCAGACCACUGGUAUCCCCUUUGACCGAGAGGAACAGGAGCUGUAUGAGUUGGUGGUGGAAGCAAGCCGUGAGCUAGAUCACCUCCGUGUUGCUCGAGUCGUGGUGAGAGUUUACAUUGAGGACAUAAAUGACAAUUCCCCGGUGUUUGUAGGGCUUCCAUACUAUGCUGCUGUGCAGGUUGAUGCUGAACCUGGUACCCUGAUAUAUCGAGUGACAGCUAUUGAUAAAGACAAGGGUGACAAUGGCGAGGUGUCAUACCUGCUGAAGGAAGACUACGGACAUUUUGAAAUUGAUAGAGGGUCUGGCAGUGUCACUUUAAAAGAAGCCUUCAAUUCUGAUUUGUCUAAUAUAGAGUACUUGGUUGUCAUUCUUGCCAAAGAUGGUGGUAACCCAUCAUUGUCUGCGUCAGUAGAGCUCCCCAUUACUAUUGUUAACAAAGCAAUGCCUGUGUUUGACAAGCCCUUCUAUACAGCUUCUGUGAAUGAAGAUGUAGAAAUGCACAUGCCAAUUUUAAGCAUAAAUGCAACCAGCCCAGAAGGCCAGGGUAUCAUUUAUAUCAUUGUUGAUGGAGAUCCCUACAACCAGUUUAAUAUCGACUUUGAUACUGGAGUUCUGAGUGUCAUCAGCCCACUGGACUAUGAAAUAAAUUCUCUUUUCAAGCUGAUGGUGCGAGCCAGCGAUGCUCUCACUGGUGCUCGUGCGGAGGUAACUGUGGACUUGAUUGUUAAUGAUGUUAAUGAUAAUCCUCCAGUUUUUGAUCAGACAGCUUAUAAUGCUACUCUGUCUGAAGCUUCUUUGAUUGGCACUCCUGUGCUGCAGGUUGUUGCUACUGAUGCUGACUCUGACAAUAACAAGAUUGUACAGUAUCAGAUAGUCCAGGAUACCUUUAACAGCACUGACUAUUUCCAUAUAGACAGCAGCAGUGGCCUAAUUUUGACAGCCCGAAUGCUGGAUCAUGAAGUCAUACAGCAGUGCAGCUUGAAAGUCAGAGCAACUGAUAAUGGGUUCCCACCUCUGAGCAGCGAGGUUCUCAUUAGUAUCUCAAUAACAGAUAUGAAUGACAACCCUCCAGUUUUUAACCAAUUAAUAUAUGAAUCAUAUGUGAGCGAACUGGCACCUCGGGGUCAUUUUGUGACUUGUGUCCAAGCUUCUGAUGCUGACAGCUCUGAUUUUGACAGACUGGAGUACAGCAUCCUAUCAGGAAAUGAUCGGACCAGUUUCAUUAUGGACAGCAAGAGCGGUGUUAUCACCCUUUCCAACCAUCGCAAGCAGAGGAUGGAGCCCUUGUACAGCCUGAACGUCUCUGUGUCAGACGGGCUGUUCACCAGCACGGCUCAGGUGCACAUUCAGAUCCUUGGGGCCAACCUCUACAGCCCUGUGUUUUCACAGAGCAUUUAUGUUGCAGAGGUUAGAGAAAACGCUGCUCCUGGAAUCAAGGUUAUCCAUGUGAAGGCAACAGAUGGGGAUUCAGGUGUAUAUGGCCAGAUCAGCUACUCCAUAAUAAAUGACUUCGCCAAGGACCGAUUUUUAAUUGAUGCAAAUGGGCAGAUUCUGACAACUGAGAGGUUAGACCGUGAGAACCCGCUGGAAAGUGAUAUCGAUAUAUUCUUGAGAGCCCUUGACGGAGGUGGCAGAACUACGUUUUGCACUGUGAGAGUGAUAGUAGUGGAUGAGAAUGACAAUGCUCCCAAAUUUAUGACAGUCGAAUACAGAGCAAGCGUCAAAGCAGAUGUUGGGAAAGGUUACUUGGUGACCCAAGUGCAAGCAGUAGAUCAAGAUGAUGGAGCCAAUUCCAGAAUUACCUAUUCUCUGUAUAGUGAAGCCUCUGUUUCAGUAGCUGAUCUGCUUGAAAUUGAUCCAGAUAAUGGAUGGAUGGUCACAAAGGGUAGCUUUAACCAACUGAAAAACACUGUUCUGUCAUUCUUUGUCAAAGCAGUUGAUAGUGGCAUUCCUGUAAAGCAUUCCCUCAUUCCUGUCUACAUCCAUGUUUUACCACCAGAAACCAUUUUGCCUUCUUUUUCUCAACCCCAGUAUUCUUUCACCGUGGCGGAAGACACCCUCAUAGGCAGUACUAUUGACAUUCUCCAUGUUUUGCCCAAUCAGGGUGCUUUGUAUAGCACAGUUAAUGGUGAGCUAUCUGAAAACAACAAAGAAGGGGUUUUCAUCAUAGAGAAGGACACAGGGCUCAUAAAAUUGGAUAAGAGACUUGACCACGAAAUAAAUCCCGCCUUUCACUUCAAAGUUGCAGCCACAAUUCAGUUAGACAAAGUAGACAUUGUGCUGACUGUGGAUGUGGAGGUGAAGGUGUUGGAUGUAAAUGACAACAAGCCUGUGUUUGAAGCGGCUAGCUAUGAUGCUGUAAUAAUGGAAGGGAUGCCUAUAGGAACAAAACUUAUGCAAGUCAAGGCGCUUGAUGCAGACUCGAGUGCGAAUGGGCAGGUCACGUACACACUUGCAGUGGAAUCAGAGCUGCAGAAGAUCACAGAAGCUUUCACCAUUGAUAGCAACAGUGGCUGGAUCAGUACACUGAAGGAUCUGGACCAUGAAAAGGAUUCUGCUUUCACCUUUGCAGUGGUGGCCUCAGAUCUGGGGGAAGCUUUGUCCUUGUCCUCAACCACCUUGGUCUCAGUUACUGUGACAGAUAUAAACGAUAAUGCACCUGUCUUUGAGCACGAGGUGUACAGAGGGUCGGUGAAGGAGAGUGACCCUCCAGGGGAAGUUGUGGCUGUUCUUAGCACCUGGGAUGAAGACACGUCUGAUGUCAAUCGGCAGGUUAGCUACCAUAUUACAGGAGGGAAUCCCAAAGGGAGGUUUGCUCUGGGACUGGUUCAGAACGAAUGGAAAGUUUAUGUUAAAAGGCCCCUGGAUCGGGAAGAGCAAGACAUUUAUUAUCUGAACAUCACUGCCACAGAUGGCCUCUUUGUGACCCAGGCUGCUGUGGAAGUGACUGUCACUGAUGUUAAUGACAACAGUCCAGUUUGUGAACAGGUUGCAUACACAGCAUUGUUUCCUGAAGACAUUCCACCAAACAAAGUAAUUCUCAAAAUCAGCGCUAAAGAUGCUGACAUCGGGCCCAAUGGUGAAAUUCGCUAUUCUCUUUAUGGUUCGGGGAACAAUAAAUUUUUCUUAGAUCCAGAAAAUGGUGAGCUGAAAUCUUUGGCCCUUCUCGACCGAGAGAAAAUCCCGGCAUACAACUUGGUUGCCCGAGCCACUGAUGGUGGUGGCAGGUUUUGCCAGUCAGAAAUCCAUCUUAUUUUAGAAGAUGUUAAUGAUAACCCACCAGUGUUUUCAUCUGAUCACUACACUGCUUGUGUUUAUGAGAACACAGCCACUAAAGCUUUAUUAACAAGAGUCCAAGCAACUGAUCCUGAUGUUGGCGUGAACAGAAAAGUCACCUAUUCCCUGUCAGACUCUGCUGAUGGUUACUUCUCAGUUGACCGGUCAUCAGGAAUUAUUAUUUUGGAACAUCCACUUGAUAGAGAGCUUCAGUCCUCCUAUAACAUCACUGUAAAGGCCUCAGAUCAAAGCAUUGUGCUGACCUUGUCCUCGUUUGCCACCGUUACCAUUACAGUGCUGGACAUUAAUGACAACCCUCCCGUGUUCGAAAGAAGAGAUUAUCUUGUUACAGUACCUGAAGACACCUCACCUGGCACCGAGGUCCUUUCUGUUUUUGCUACAAGCCAAGACAUUGGUACAAAUGCUGAGAUUGCCUAUCUCAUCAGAUCAGGGAAUGAGAAAGGGAAGUUCAAGAUUAACUCAAAAACAGGAGUGAUUUCCAUUAUUGAAGCUUUGGAUUUUGAAUCGUGCAAGGACUUCUACUUAGUAGUGGAAGCGAAGGACGGAGGAACGCCAGCCCUGAGCGCGGUUACGACGGUGAAUGUGAACGUGACGGAUGUCAACGACAACGCGCCCACGUUCAGCCAGGCUGUCUACAGCGCCGUCAUCAGUGAGGACGCGGCCGUCGGCGACUCCGUGGUCAUGUUGAUAGCAGAAGAUCUGGACAGUCCUCCCAAUGGUCAGAUUCAUUUUUCCAUAGUGAAUGGGGAUCAAGACAAUGAAUUUUCAGUUGAUCCUGUUUUGGGACUCGUGAAGGUUAAAAAGAAAUUGGAUAGAGAAAGGAUAUCUGGUUAUUCAUUAGUUGUCCAGGCAAGAGACAGUGGUACCCCUCCUUUGUCUUCAUCUGUGACGGUCAAUGUGGACAUUUCUGAUGUGAACGAUAACAGCCCUGUGUUUACUCCAGCUAACUACACAGCUGUAAUUCAAGAAAAUAAACCAGUGGGCACAAGCAUUUUGCAGCUGGUAGUGACAGACAAAGACUCUUUUCACAAUGGCCCCCCUUUUACCUUCACCAUCCUCACUGGCAAUGAAGAGGAGGAGUUUACACUGGACCCUCAUGGUGUUUUGAGGUCUGCAGUCAUCUUCAAGCACAUGGUCUCAACUGAGUAUGUGCUCUGCGUGCAGGCAAAGGACUCUGGGAAGCCUCAGCAGGUUUCCCAUACCUAUGUUCAGGUGAGGGUUAUUGAAGAGAGCAUUCACAAACCAACCGCCAUUCCGCUGGAGAUUUUCAUUGUCACCAUGGAAGACGAUUUUCCCGGGGGAGUCAUUGGGAAAAUCCAUGCCACAGAUCAGGACGUGUACGAUGUCCUCACAUACACACUAAAAUCAGAGCAGAAAAGUUUGUUCAAGGUCAACAGCCACGAUGGGAAGAUCAUCGCCCUUGGAGGGCUGGAUAACGGCAAGUACGUCCUGAAUGUCUCUGUGAGCGAUGGCCGGUUCCAGGUGCCCAUCGAUGUUGUGGUCCACGUCGAGCAGCUGCUGCAAGAAAUGCUGCAGAACACGGUCACCAUCCGCUUCGAGAACAUUUCCCCGGAAGACUUCGUGGGUCUCCACAUGCAUGGGUUCAGGCGCACCCUGCGCAACACCGUGCUCUCCCAGAAGCAGGACAGCCUGCACAUCAUCAGCAUUCAGCCGGUGGCAGGCAGCAGCCAGCUCGACAUGCUGUUUGCCGUUCAGAUGCACAGCGGUGGUUUCUAUAAGCCUGCCUAUUUGAUUCAGAAGCUUACCAAUGCGAGGAGACACUUGGAAAAUGUGAUUCGUAUUUCUGCUAUCUUGGAGAAGAAUUGCUCCGGACUGGAUUGUCAGGAGCAACACUGUGAGCAAAGUCUGUCUAUUGAUUCACAUUCCCUGAUGACUUACAGCACGGCACGAAUUAGUUUUGUGUGUCCCCGCUUUUACAGGAAUGUGCGCUGCAUGUGCAAUGGAGCACUCUGCCCAGGGUCCAACGAUCCCUGUCUAGAGAAGCCGUGUCCAGGGGACAUGCAGUGUGUGGGGUACGAAGCCAGCCGGAGACCGUUCAUCUGCCAGUGCCCGCCAGGAAAGCUUGGCGAGUGUUCAGGCCACACUUCCCUUAGCUUUGCUGGGAAUAGCUACAUUAAAUACCGUGUUUCCGAAAAUAGCAAGAAAGAGGAAUUCAAGUUGGCUCUCCGACUGCGAACCCUGCAAAGCAAUGGGAUUAUAAUGUACACCAGAGCGAAUCCCUGUAUAAUUCUGAAGAUCGUCGAUGGCAAACUCUGGUUCCAGUUGGAUUGUGGAAGUGGCCCAGGAAUCCUAGGAAUUUCUGGAAGGGCUGUUAAUGAUGGAAGCUGGCAUUCGGUCUUCCUGGAGCUGAACCGCAAUUUCACCAGCUUGUCCCUGGACGACAGCUACGUGGAGCGCCGCAAAGCCCCCCUCUACUUCCAGACACUCAGCACAGAUAGCUCCGUCUACUUCGGCGCCCAGGUCCAAGUGGAUAACGUCCGCAGCCUGACUGACAAGAGGACAACGCAGGUCCUGAGUGGCUUCCAGGGCUGCCUGGACUCAGUAGUCCUAAAUAACAACGAGCUGCCCCUCCAGAACAAGCGCAGCAGCUUCGCAGAAGUGGUUGGCCUGACAGAAUUGAAGCUCGGCUGCGUUCUUUAUCCCGAUGCCUGUGAGAGACACCCCUGCCAGAACGGCGGCACCUGUACUGCCGUGCCAUCUGGUGGGUACCAUUGCAACUGCCUCUCCCAGUUUACAGGAAGGAAUUGUGAGUCAGAGAUCACAGCCUGCUUCCCAAAUCCUUGCCGGAAUGGAGGCUCAUGUGAUCCCAUCGGCAAUGCAUUCAUCUGCAACUGCAAAAGUGGCCUGACAGGAGUAACGUGUGAAGAAGACAUCAACGAGUGUGAAAGAGAAGAAUGUGAAAAUGGUGGCUCCUGUGUCAACAUCUUUGGUUCAUUUCUGUGUAACUGCACCCCUGGCUACGUGGGUCAAUACUGUGGUCUGCGUCCCGUAGUGGUUCCCAAUAUACAAGCUGGGCAUUCCUACGUUGGCAAGGAGGAGCUGAUAGGAAUAGCCGUGGUGCUGUUUGUCAUAUUUGUGUUAAUCGUUCUUUUCAUCAUUUUUCGCAAGAAAGUUUUCAGGAAGAACUAUUCCCGCAACAACAUCACGCUCGUACAGGAUCCGGCUACUGCAGCCCUGCUCAACAAGAGCAAUGGCAUCCAAUUCAAGAACAUCAGGAACAGUGGAGACAGCAGAAAUAUCUACCAAGAGGUUGGGCCUCCACAGGUACCAGUGAGGCCAAUGGCCUAUACCCCGUGCUUCCAGAGUGACUCACGGAAUAACCUGGACAAGAUAGUGGAUGGGCUUGGUGUGGAGCACCAGGAGAUGACAACAUUUCAUCCAGAGUCCCCUCGAAUAUUGACAGCCAGGAGGGGGGUGGUGGUGUGCAGUGUAGCUCCAAACCUGCCUGCUGUGUCUCCCUGUCGCUCCGACUGUGACUCCAUCAGGAAGAGCACAUGGGAUGCUGGGACAGAAAGUAAAGGGGUUGAUGACGCUGAAGAAGUCACCUGUUUUUCAGGAAGUAACAAAGGCAGCAACUCUGAAGUACAGUCCCUCAGCUCCUUCCAGUCUGAUUCCGGCGAUGAUAAUGCUUCCAUAGUGACUGUCAUACAGCUUGUCAACAAUGUAGUUGACACUAUAGAAAAUGAAGUGUCUGUUAUGGAUCAAGGACAGAACUACAACAGAGCGUAUCAUUGGGAUACCUCUGACUGGAUGCCCAGUGCUCGCUUGUCCGACAUUGAGGAAGUGCCCAAUUUUGAGACGACAGAUGGAGGCUUGGCUCAUCACAGCAGCACCAGAGAACUGGAAACAGAUUACUACCUUGGUGGCUACGACAUCGACAGCGACUACCCUCCCCCUCACGAAGAGGAGUUUUUGAGCCAGGACCAGUUACCACCUCCUCUCCCAGAGGAUUACCCAGACCAAUAUGAAGCCCUCCCACCUUCACAGCCGAUCUCAAUGGCAAGUACUCUCAGCCCUGACUGCAGGAGACGGCCACACUUCCACCCGAGCCAAUACCUCCCUCCCCACCAGUUCCCCAAUGAGACGGACACCACAGGAUCACAGACUGGGAACGAAUUUAGUACUUUUGCUGUUGGCCCAAGCCAGAACACAGAAAAUGCUAGUGCAGGUAAGGUGCCCUUAACCUUGCACAACUCUCUCAACACCUCCUCCUCUGACGUCUCAGCCGGCUGCGGCUUUGAUGACUCCGAAGUAGUCAUGAGUGACUUUGAAAGCGUGGAGGAACUCAGCCUAGAAAAUGUUCACAUUCCAUUUGUGGAGACCCAGCAGCAGACACAAGUGUAA